GUUGAUAAGAGACUAUCAAUGAUUGUCUCAUUUCAUAGAGUCAUAGAUUAUGAUUAGUGAGCCUAAACACAAACAAAUUACCAUUAAUUCUACCAAUUAUGAAACAGAGCAAUAUCAGUAAACAGAGUUACUCUGUUUUUCUUCUGAUUUUAUUGAUCAAAUUAUCACCAUUAAAUUCGAUUAAUUUACCAAAUUCACAUUCAAAACUCGUCAAAUACCUACCUGGCUUUCCUGGAAUUCUACCUUUCAAGCUUCAUACUGGAUAUAUUGGAGUGGGGAAGGGGGAGGAGGUGCAGCUAUUUUACUACCUUAUUGAGUCCAAUCGAGACCCGGAAACCGAUCCACUUAUGCUAUGGCUCACUGGAGGACCUGGUUGCACUUCCCUGUCUGCAAUUUUUUUUGAACAUAUUGGUCCAUUAUCUUUUAACUAUACAGGCGUAUAUUUCAACCGUACUACAUCAACUUGGGAAACCGAUCUACCGGCUCUUCAAUUAAAUCCCUACUCAUGGAACAAGGUUGCCAACAUACUAUUUCUUGAGUCACCUGUGGGCACUGGAUUUUCUUACUCAACAACUGCUGAAUCUUACUAUACUGAUGAUAUAAAUUCAUCAAAUCAGAUCUAUGAGUUUCUACAAAAGUUCUUUAUCGAGCAUCCUCAAUAUACAAAAAAUCCUCUCUACGUUGGUGGUAGCUCGUAUUGUGGACUUAUUAUCCCAUUUAUCAUGCACAAGAUUGUAAUAGGCAAUGAAGAUAAAACUGGUUCACCGAUCAAUAUUAAGGGAUAUGUUCUCGGAAGUCCUGUGAGUGAUCCAGAUGAGAGUGAUUUAAUUGGGAGAAUCAAUUUUGUUCAUCGUGUAUCCCUAUUAUCAGAUGAUCUUUACGAGUCAACCAAAGUAAGUUGUGGUGCUCCGAACUGGAAUGUUAGCAAUGCAGAGUGCAAAGAUAAUGCUCAGACCGUAUCUGAUUUUGUUGCUCCAUUAAAUGAUGAUAAUUUUUUGGAGUCAAAAUGCAAUGAUUUGUUCCCAAGUAAUUGGUGUCGGAAAAACUAUAAUUUGAUCAUCAGCAAUUGGGCAAAUAACGUUCAAGUUCGAGAAGCACUUCAUGUUCGGGAGGGAACAGUGGGUCAUUGGACUCGAUGUAACAUGACACUGAAGACUCAAUCAUACGCUAUCACAAUGAGAAGCAGCUUUGUUCAUAAUCAAUAUCUUGCAAACAAGCCUAUUAGGGCACUUAUAUACAGUGGUGAUCAAGAGCUGAGUGCUACAUAUGUGGGCACACAGAGAUGGAUCAAGAAGCUCGACGUACCAAUUGAUAAUGAUUGGAGGCCAUGGAUUGUAAAUGGCCAAGUUGCUGGAUAUGUUACAGAUUAUUCAAAUGGUCACUACAAUUUGACAUUUACCACAGUCAAGGGAGCAGGACAUUGCCCUUCAGAGUAUAAACCUCGAGAAAGUUUGUUCAUGUUUCAAAGAUGGGUUGGACAAAACUAUCUCUAGUGUGGCGAUAGUUAAAUUUGAAAUUUUUUUGCCCGGAGGGCAGUUGUGAAAAUUUCAGAAAAAGUGCACUAGGUAAUCAUCAAAGUUAUUAUCCACCCAGCGCGAGUUUAAAUGCUUCUUUCAUAUUCCGCGGUUUUGCCUAUUGUAAAAUAGUAUCUAUGCAUAUCAAGGAAAAUCUGUGUGAGUUGACUUGUUAUUGAUUGAUUUUAGGAUGAAACCUCCUUCGAGAAUAUAAGUAAUCUUGCUCUCCCUUUUAUCAGAGUAGAAAAGCUAUUUCACUAUUAAUAAAAUUUAUCAGCGUCGUUUACAUGUUA